AAGCUGAAAACCACCAACAAACAAAUCAAACAAGGCACAAUACAACAGUGUUAAAACCCUCAAAACAAUGGCACGCGACGAGGACCCUCUUGUAAUUGGAGGUGUAAUCGGUGAUGUUCUGAACCCUUUCACACCCUCUGUGGCUUUAACAGUCGUCAUCAACAACAACAGAGAGAUCACCAACGGUGUUGAACUCAGACCCUCUCAGGUUGUUAACCGCCCUAGAGUUUCUGUUGGUGGUGAAGAUCUCAGGACCUUCUACUCACUUGUGAUGGUGGAUGCAGAUGCACCAAGUCCUAGUAACCCUGUGUUGAGGGAAUACCUGCACUGGAUGGUGACGGAUAUUCCAGCUACCACAAGUGCAAGCUUUGGGAGGGAGGUUGUGUUUUAUGAGAGUCCAGAACCUUCUGCAGGGAUACAUCGACUUGUGAUUGCGUUGUUCAGGCAAUUAGGCAGAGACACAGUUUUCGCCCCAGAAUGGCGUCACAAUUUCAAUACAAGAAGCUUUAUUGAAAACAAUAACCUGGCACCUGUUGCAGCGGUUUAUUUCAAUUGCCACAGAGAACGUGGUUGCGGUGGAAGGAGGAGCUAAUUUACAUGGAGAUACAAAUAAAUAAAAUAAUAAUAUCAAUAAUAAUGAAUAAAUCCUUAAUUUGAUCUUUGGAAAUUACAUGCGUUACCCUUAAAAAGUACGUUAUUCAAUUAACUUUUUUGAAAUAUUAAAAUGCCAUUAUAUUAAUUUCUUAAAACUUUAUUAUUCCCACAAAUAUUAUUAUCUUGAUAUAGUAAAGUACAUGUAAUUUUACAAGACCAAAUUUAAGAAUUUACACAAAUAAAUAAAUCUACUCUCUCAGGUUGAAUGGGUUUUAGCAAAAUCAUGGUGACACUCGAGACAUAACUACAUAAGACAUUCCGACCAGCUUGAGUGUACUUUAAAAGUUGUUACAAGGAAUUUUAAUUUUGUGUUUAACAUAUAUAUGUACCGUUAUCAAAUAUAAUUAUUCAAUAAAAUGGCUUAAUAUGAGAAGCAUUUAAAAUAUUUAUGUUAUGAAUAGGAUGAGCAUAUGAGCUUGGGCAUGUAUCUCCUCAAUGGGCUUGGGUCAUCAUCUCUUCUCCAUGUAAUUGACCUAGUUCUAGUGCUAUAAAUAAAGGAGGCUGCAUGAAUCAGCCACACCUCAUUCUACAGAAUCACUUGUCUCACUCUUG